CAGCCCGUCCGACGUGCAGUUACUACAACAGGCCCAGUAAACGAUGCUAGUAGAAAUCUUGCAUAAACACCCAGCCGUUUACCAGUAUUAAUCACUUGCGCGUCAGGAUGAUUAUAGAAAAUGUUGACGCUUUGAAAUCCUGGCUGGCUAAACUUCUUGAGCCCAUAUGUGAUGCUGACCCAUCUGCACUGGCAAACUACGUUGUGGCUUUAGUAAAGAAGGACAAACCAGAGAAAGAACUGAGAGCAUUGUGUGCAGAUCAGUUGGACGUUUUCCUCCAGAAGGAGACUACAGGGUUUGUGGAUAAACUAUUUGAAUGUCUAGCCACCAAAAAUUAUUUGGGAAAUCCACCUGCUAAAGAGGAGGUCAAAACCCCUUUAGUGCAGAAGAUUGAGGAAAAGGAAGAGUCUAAUCCUGUUGUAGAUGAUCUGGAGAACAGAAGACGAAGAAGCCCGUUAAGGAAUCGUUCAGACUUCAACGAAUCAAGGGCUAGAGAUGACCGAAGGAGAGAUGAUCGUAAGCGGCGGGAGAUGGACCGUCAUGGGAAGAGCGGAGAGUCGUACCGGGAGCGACAUGAGCGGCGGGGUGGGAGCUCACGGGGGCGGAGCUACAGUCGCAGCAGGAGUCGCAGCAACAGCCGUGGAAAGAGUCGAGAGAGAGAGCACAAUCAGAGAAGAGAGCACAGAUCCAAAUUCGAGCAGGAGCGGAAGGACGCUGAGCCCUACAACCCUUCCUCUGCUCACAUAGGUAACCCUCACCACCAGCAGUCUCAUCCACCCCCCCUGCUCCCUCUGCCCCUACCCCAGCACCAGUUCCCCUCCUCGGGGAGUCCCGCAAUCCCCAAAGCCGUAACUGUGGUAGCACCGGCUCACCUGCCCGACAGUACCUCAGAGAGUUGGUCCACAUACUUCAGCAACCACACAGACGGCAAGACAUUCAACAAGAGCAGUGCACCCAAACACCGCUGCAGAGACUAUGACGAGAAAGGAUUUUGUAUUCGAGGUGACCUCUGUCCCUUUGACCACGGUAAUGACCCCCUGAUCGUGGAUGACGUCACCCUUCCUACAAUGAUCCCGUUUCCGCCCCCACCAUGCCAGCCACGGAUGCCCAUGCCUCCCAUGACUGAACCACCUCCGGGCAUGCGCAUGCCGCCACCCCCUCACGGGCAGCCCCCGCCUCCGGGCAUCUACCCCAUGCCAGGACCCCUAAUCCCAGUCACUGGGAUAGACACUCCUCACACCAGAUCUAGCACAUCCUCUCCUUUGGCCCUGCCUGGAGUGGGACCACCUCCUCCUUCCUCAUCUUCCUCCUCUUCUGCUUCUCUUCACCCUCAAUACACUUUGUCUGAAUACAACUAUGACCCUGAGGCGUAUAACCCUGAAUCUCCGGGGCUGACCGGGCCAGGCAGAGCUCAGUACCGUCAUUUCAUCCCUCGCAUCCAGACACAGAGACCCAACCUUAUCGGCCUCACCUCCAGUGAUGGACAGACUUGCCGAGCAGCUAAUAUCGUGAUCCAAACGGAGCCGGCUGUCACAAGUGUGUUGAGCAGUGAGAUGAGGUACAGCUCUGAGCAGGAGAACAGAAAGCGAAGUCUGCCAACUACAGAUGCCGGACCACUGGCCAAAAAACCCUGGAUGGACAAGCAAAAUUUCAAUAACCAACAUAAACCCAACUUCCCAAAGAAGAACCAUUACGUCAACACCAAACUAGAGGUCCGCAAAAUCCCCCGAGAGCUGAACAACAUCACCAAACUCAACGAGCACUUCAGCAAGUUUGGAACAAUAGUCAACAUUCAGGUGGUGUUUGGGGGCGACCCGGAGGCGGCCUUGAUCCAGUAUACAGCCAAUGAGGAGGCGCGGAGGGCCAUCUCUAGCAUUGAAGCCGUUCUGAACAACCGCUUCAUCAGAGUGUACUGGCACAGAGAGGCCACAGCCAACACACAGGAACAGGGACCCAGUCAGGGCACAAACCCUGUCCAACAGCACCCCAUCACAAACAAGGUUAUUAAUAUGCAGCAGCACAGUGCAGGAUCUUACGUGCUGAACAAAACCUUCAACAAACACCAGACCACCACAGGAACUGCUGAACCUACCACCCCUUGCCAAGAGCCCUCAGUGGGCUUGACGCCACCAAGUCUACAAAAGGGUCCGUUCUCGCGCACAGUGUUGAAAACCGCAUCAAAGUCAUUGGGAAAGACGGGCAAAGCGCUGGAAGCUCAGGAUGUGCUAAAAAAGAAGCAUGAGGCAUUGAAACUGCAGCAGGACAUGAGAAAAAAGAAACAAGAAAUGCUGGAAAAACAGAUUGAAUGCCAGAAGGUGCUGAUAAACCGCCUGGAGAAGAACAGAGGGAUGAAGCCAGAAGAGAGAGCUAACAUCAUGAAGACGUUGAAAGAACUGACGGAAAAGAUCUCUCAACUGAAGAAUGAGAUUAGCCCGGCUUCAAAAGCUCCAGCCAGCACAACACAAGCAAAAUCCAAAACAGAUGCACAGAAAGAAUUGCUGGAUGCAGAGUUGGACUUUCAUAAGAAGCUCACGUCAGGAGAGGACACCUCAGACCUGAAAAUGAGGCUGGGUCAGCUGCAGGUGGAGGCAACACGGCUGGGACUCAUAACUGCUGGGCGUGGCAAGCCACUGGCAGCUCCAACCCGAGGCAGAGGGAGGGGCCGAGGGCGGAGCCUCAGGGGGCGUGGAGGAGCCAAUCACAUGGUUGUGGACCACCGGCCACGGGCCAUCACCAUUAUUGGCUUAACACAGGAAGAGAAGGAAGAGCUCAUGCCACAUUUCGUGAAAUUUGGCGAGAUUGAGGAGCUUCGUGACCAAGAUGCAACCAGUGUCGUGAUGACCUUCAAAACCCGCUGUGAAGCCGAGAACGCUGCAAACCAAGGAGCGAAGUUCAAAGGUAGAAUUCUACAGAUCUCAUGGUACAAACCUAAAAUUCCAUCUCUAUCCACUGAACCAGUUGAGGAGUCAUCAAAGGAAGACGUCAAUGCUGCUGGAUUACAUGAGCCAGUCAGCCCCUUCCUGCUUCCAGAGGAAGAGGAAGAAGAGGAUGAUGAAGACGAUGAAUAUGAGAGUCGCUCGUGGAGACGAUGAGGAAGUGGAAUCAACGUCACUAUUCUGUAUUGAAAAGGACUCUCAUAAUUGGGUUUUGUUUUUCAAAAAGGCUAAUUUAUGCGUGUGUGAUUAAGACAAAAAGGUCUUACUUUUUCUCAACGGUUUUUAGUAUUUCAGAGGCUGAUGGUCUAAGCAACAGCAUUUCCUUAAAAGGAAAAAUAUGUGAAUGUGAGACGUAUGUGGACACUUGCAGUGUUUCUGUCACUUUGAAAUCUGCGUUUAUAUAGAUAUAUAUAUGUAUAUAUAUAUAUCAAACUCUCACUUUUGCUGAGAUUGAAAUCAACAUUUUGUUUCACUGUGCAUGACCAGAUAUCAGUAAUUCACAACAUUUGUGACUACUGUGAAUUUUGUUUUUUAAAUAUCUGAUUAAGUUUUUUCUUGCCCAGUGUUUGAUAGAUGUCAAACAUAUGAUUUAACGUGAAAAUGAAUCUGCACUUUGGCCUCAACCCUUGUUUCUUCAGUUCUUGAUGGAUGCACUCAUCAGACACCAUUCCCAUUAAAGGCAUCUCUUUCCUUUAUGAAGAAAUGAUAUGCCAUCUUGCCAUCAAACCCUUUCAAAACACUUUUUGUAUCUGCUCUAAAGUUUAGGCAAUAUAUAUCCCUAAAUGGAUUAUUAUUUUUCUUCUUAUCGAGAUUAAUAUGCCACCGUCUGUAAAUAGGAAUUUGGUCAGUGUGUCGGACUGUUCAUAUUUAUUUCUCACAUUCUGAGGAUGUUCCAAAACCAAAAGGUUUUGAGAAAAUAAUCGUAUUGUUAAUUGAGGUCAGAUAUGAACAGAGGUGUUUUGAAUGAACUCUAAAUUGAUUUUCACUUAAUUUAUGCCUUACAUUGUCGUGUACCGCUGACUUUUUACGAGAUUUGUGUCUAUUUUUUUGUUGUGUAAAUUUUGUAAAUGAAUGCAGUAGAAACGACUGUUCACUAUUAUUUUAACCGUUAGAAUGAUUUCAUCUGUUGUUACAUGAGGCUUAUUUAAGUGACUUUUCAACUUGGUCAUGCUUUGUUUUUGACUCUCAAGCUAAGAUAAUUACACAAUGCUUUGUAGAUUUGUACUUCAGUUCAUAUGUUGAUACCUUCAUGUAACGUUUUAUUGCAUCAUCUAGUUUUUGGCACUCCAAAAGCCUGGUCCUGCAGAAAUGGGUUGAAUAUGUGUCAGUUUCUGUAACCUUAUUAUCAAUAGCAUGCUGGCACCUGUAUGAGUGUGCACGCUGGGGGGAAAAAAGAAAAUAUAAUGUGUGUUUGCAAAUAUAUUUUUUUAAUUAGCAUAUUUACAUACUUUGCUAAAAAUGAUUAAAAUAUAAGUUUAUAGAUCCUUUAAUGAAGAACCAGUGUUAAACUUUGAAACCUUCCCAUAUAAACUGUUGAUUUAACAUUUAAUAGCAUGUUACUAUGCUGCUUGAAUUCAAUCAUUCAGUGAUCUAUGGAUUGUACAUAAUGUGUUCUUCAAAGUCUCUCAAGAAAGUCUAAUUUCUCUUUCUCAAUAACUCAUGUUAGAUCUGGCAGAUCAUCGUAAUGUUGGUUUUGUACACAAAAGAGUCUCGUAGAAAGACUCCAGACUGUGUGUAUGUGUAUUUGAAGAAUGGGUUUCAUUCAUUUGUAUAUCCCUUUAACUGCACCACAUUAGUAUAAUGUCAUACGUUUAGCGUAAAUAGAUUUUGACUUUGUUACUGUUUAUACAUUUAAAAUCUAUGGAUGUAUUUUUGAGUUCUCUGUUUGUAAAAUGGAUUUCUAACAGUCGCAUGUUUGCUAAUCAAUAAAGAUAAUGGAAUGGGGGUGAGGAAGAGGAAUAUCAAGAAGAAGAAAAAAGAGAUUAAAGUUCAAUUGGCCAGAAAUAAAGAUAAAGUUAAACAAGCAGAAAAGAAAAGCUCAUCUGAGAGAAAAAAAAAGUUCCAUGAUCCAUUCCAUGAAUUAUU